AUGUCGAAAUAUCCUAUUGAUGAGAAAACUUAUCGUCGAUUCCAAACUUCCUGGUUUAAAUUAUUCCCUGAAUGGUUAAAAUACUCUCCAAGCAAAGAUGUUGCCUUUUGUCAUCCUUGUUACUUACUUAAUAAGCUAAGUGGGUGUGCUGGAUCAAGAUCAUUUAUAAUUGAUGGGUUUCGAUCAUGGAAAAAAGUUAAUGAUGGGGAAAAUUGUGUUUUAUUGUCCCAUAUUGGAAAUGAUCCUAACUCUUUGCAUAAGAAAGCUAUUAUGCAAUCUCGUGAUCUAAUAAACCAAGCACAACAUAUUCUACACGUUAUAGAGAAACAAACAUCUCAAGAAGUUGCCAACAACAGAUUGAUAUUAAAGACUUCAAUAGAUGUUGUUAGAUGGCUCACAUUCCAAACAUGCAGUUUAAGAGGCCACAAUGAACGCACAAGUUCAACAAAUCGAGGUAACUUUCUUGAAUUGAUAAAGUUGCUAGCAUUUUAUAAUGAACGUGUGGCAUCUGUUGUGUUAGAUAAUGCUCCUCAAAAUGCAUCUUACACUUCACAUAGUGUUCAAAAAGAGAUAUUGCAUAUUUUUGCCAAGAAAAUUAGAUGUUUCAUUUGUGAGGAAAUUGGUGAACUAAAAUUUUGUAUUAUUGUUGACGUAGCAAGGGAUGAAUCUAAAAGGGAACAAAUGGCCAAUGUUUUAAGGUCGAGAUCAAUCUCUUCUUCAAAAGGAUCCAAUUACAAUGGAGCAUCACUUUCGUAUAGAUUAUUUUAUGCUACAAUUGACUCUCAAUUGCAAGAAUUGAAUGAGAAGUUUAAAGAAGAUAUGGCAGAAUUGCUUAUGCUUUGUUCAGCUUUAGAUCCUCGAGAGGACAACAAAUCUUUCAAUAUUGAUAAUAUUUGUAAGCUUGCAAAGAGAUUCUAUCCUAAAGACUUUGCAAAGCAAGAGAAAUUGCAUUUGAGAUGUCAACUAGAACACUUUGAGCUUGAUAUUCGCCAACAUACAACUUUCUAG